AUGGAUAUUACCGAUAAAGGUCUUGAAGGUUCUUUAAAAAUAGACGGGUUUAGUAAUUUAGAAAAAAUUAACUGCAGCAGUAAUGAGUUAGUAAAUUUGGAAGUAAUUAAUCUAAAAAGCUCCAAGGAAAUUAAUUGCUCGAAUAAUAAACUUGCCGGACUAAAGGUUAAUGGUCUGGAUAAUCUAGAGGUGUUAAAUUGUUCUGAAAAUUGCCUAACUGAUGUUGAGACACUGCUUUCUGAUUUAAGUCACGAAAAACUAAAAACAUUGAAUCUAUCUAAUAAUAACUUUUCUAAAAAUGAUCUAUCUCCUUUUAGCAAAUUCACUAAUCUAGAAAAUUUGUACUUGAGUACAACUGACAAAAAGGGAAUUGAGCAAGGAAGUUAUAAUAAAUUUUUCGGCAGUUUAGAAUCAUUGAAAAACUUAACUAAAUUGAAGAAAUUAGAUAUUGUAAAUACAGAUAUAAAUAGCGGUGUUGAGCCUGAAGCAAAAGUAAAUGAAAUUAAAAAAGAACUAGACAACCAACUUACUAAAAUUUGGUUAGAUAAAAACUAUCCCAAAGAAAAAAGAAAAGAAACCAAAGAGUUAAGUGCUGGCUUUAAAAGAUUAAGAGGAGAACUUGACUUGUCUGGUUUUGAAAAUUUGGAAGCGUUAGACUGUCAUGAUAAUGAAUUAACUGGUUUAAAUUUAAGUAAAUGCAAUAACCUUCAGUCACUAAAAGUUAAUCGUAAUAAAUUAUCUGAUAUUAAUUUCUUAAAUCAAAUACGCAGCCCCGAAAAAUUGAAGGUUUUGCAUUUAGGCGAUAAUAGAAUCUUUAGUGAUUUAUCCCCUUUUUCUCGCUUCAUUAAUUUAGAGGAUUUAGGAUUAGGUAGUGAUGAAAGGUUUAGUGAUAAAGAAGAUUUAAAUAACUUCUUCGGAUCUCUUGUACCCCUGAAAAAUCUAACCAAUUUGGAAGUACUAAAUAUUUCUGAUACUGAUAUUAGCGAUGACAAUCUAGAAAAUUUACCAGAUAAUUUAAUAAGAAUUUAUUGCUCUAGUGAAGAAAAAACAGAAAGCAAAGUUAAAAAACUGGAAGACUUAUUAAAAAAAUCAGAUAAUUUUAUAUUAAGCAGUAAACCAGACGACUUUAGUUUGUGGGAUAAAACAGAAGUAAAAGAAAUUAAUCUUUCCAGUUUGGAAGAUAUCGAAUGCCAACAAGAAAGCGGAUUAUCUAUUGAAAAUUUUCCUAAUCUAAAAGAGAUAAAAUAUAAUAUCGGUAAUUUUGAAGAAAACAGGGAAGUAAUUAUAAGUAAUUGUCAAGAACUAAAGGAGUUAGAUUGUUCUAAUAGUCAACUUACUAGUUUAAACCUUGAGGAUUGUUCUCAGUUAACUAAACUUAAUUGUUCCAAUAAUUCACUUAAAGAAUUAAAUGUCCAACCAUUUCCUAAUUUAAAAGAACUCAACUGUUCAAAAAAUGACCUUGCAGGCUUAGAGCUUUCUGAGAACCUGCAGUUAGAACAAUUAAAUAUCACUGAUAGAAACAGUGAUAUAAAGGAACUGCACAAACUUUACGAGGAACAUAAUAAUAAUAAGUAUUCAGGUAUUGGUAAUCAUUACUUUCGCUUUGCACAAAUCUUUUCAAGAAAAUUUACCAAAUUAGACAAUGAAAUAAAAAGAAGGGAACAAGGAAAAUAUAAUAAAUUUAACGGAAGUUUAGAGUUCUUAAAAAAUAUGUCUAAACUGAAAACGUUAGACAUCAGUAAUACUGAUAUCAAUGAAGGCGUUAAGUAUUUGCCCGAUAGUGUUAGUGAAAUUUACUAUUCAUUUAAAGAUAUACCAGAAAGUAAAGUCAAAGAAAUAGCAGAAGAAUUAAAAUGCCGAGAAGAAAAAAAAAUAAGGGAUAAACAAAAUGAAGAAACCAACAAAGAAGACUCUCAGCAAGAGAAUGAACGCAAAGACGACUCAAGUACAUCCAAGAAGACCGAUGAUUAUAGCACUCAUGUUGCAAAGUCCCAAAAAUUAACAUCAACAAAAAACGAAGACAGUGAUUUUGUUGAUUAUUUAAAAGUUUCUGUAGAAAAAGAUGUUGUUGAUGAAGGGAUUACUGAUAGGGAACUAAAUCAGGCAUUAAUUGAUAAUAAUAUCCGGGAAAAAACAAUUUUAACUACUAUUAAAGGUUUAAAAGAGAUGAAGAACAAAGACAAAGAAAUUGAAUCAUUAAAAUCCAGAAUCAAGGAGUUAGUUAAGUUGGUCGAACAACAAAAGAAGAAAGUUGUUGAAAUUUUUCUAAAAAUCUCCCCCGAAAGAGAAUUGCUGCAAGGAUUAAUCAGUAAAUAUUUAGAGUUCAUCAGAUUCAAAAAGCAAGGUUCAGAAGUGUCCGAUUACGAUGAACAAUGUAAUAAUUACGAAAUAGAAUAUUGA